AUGAGCAUGUCAACGCAAAAUCCUCAUAUUCACUGAUCUACAUAGACUUCCAACGAUAUUUUUUAGAUUUGGCUGUGCACACGUUAGUUUAUGCAGACAUUUUGUAUAAAAUCAUAGCUGGAAAAUUCACACCAAAUAUGCACAUUUACAUUUGAUGGCCAGACACUUGUCAUGCCAAAGGAGCAAUAGAAAACAGUCCAGUCAUAACAAAAUGGCGAGCGGAGUUGGAAAACACAAAUUGCUGUUGGGCCCAACAGAGCCAUGGUCAAUCAGAGAAAAGCUGUGCCUUGCCUCCUCUGUCAUGAAGAGUGGAGACCAAAACUGGGUGUCUGUUAGCCGAGCAAUUAAGCCAUUUGCCGAGCCUGGACGACCCCCUGACUGGUUCUCUCAAAAGCAUUGUGCAUCACAAUACUCUGAGCUGCUGGAGACCACCGAGGCCCCUAAGAGAAAGCGAGGUGAGAAAGGGGAGGUGGUUGAGACAGUGGAGGACGUGAUCGUCCGCAGGCUGACGGCUGAGAGGAUAGAGGAGUUGAAGCGACUGAUCAAGGAGACCCAAGAGAAGCACAGGAAACUGAAGAGAGAAGCUGAGCUCAUCCAGGCAGGUCAUCUGGACUCCAAACUCAAGGAGCUAUGGGAGGAUAUUGCACGGAGCAGAAAACAAGAGGAAGAAGAAGCUGAGGUGAAGAGAAAGGCUACAGAUGCAGCAUACCAGGCCAGGCAGGCUUUGAAGAACACUCCUAAACGUGUGGCCAGUGUGACUGUGCGCUCUCCUUCAGGGGCCUGCUCUCCCAGCCUGGAUUUCCCCAUCGGAGACUCAUCUGAAGAGCCCAGCACUGUUGGGGCAGGGUCCACAGUGUUUGUGCCCCUGGCAGAGUUGCCAGGCCCUGGAGUGGUAGAAGUGAGUUUGGGGUCAUUGCUAGAUGAAGCAACUCAGAAGAAGCUUUUGGGUCAGAAAAUCACACCGCCCCCCUCCCCUCUCCUCUCGGAAUUACUGAAGAAAGGCAGCCUUCUGCCCACCAGCCCCAGACUGGCAGUUGAAGGAGAAUCUCCAUCAAGUCAACUUACAGGAUGUCAGGAUAUUCAGAUGAUGACUUCUUCACUACCUGCCUCUCAGGCAGCUACAGGUGCUCCUACACUGUCUCGUCUGCUGGAAGCUGGCCCCACCCAUUUUUCCUCUCAGCUGAGCUCACUGGCCUCUGCAGACUCCGCCCCCAGUGCAACCACCUCUGCAGGGGACACCCCUGACCUCCUCAGCACAGGAGGUGAUGGGGCCCCUAGUGCUUCAGUUGAUAAUAAGGAGGCAAUUUUAGGGGAAGAGGACCUGGUGACUGUGUCCUAUAUGGCUGAGGAACUAGACUUAGAGACAGUCGGGGACAUCAUAGCCAUUAUUGAAGAGAAGGGCAAUGAGAAUGCAGAGGCGCUGGAUGCCGCAGCAGUAGAAGCUGCUCUGUCUCUAUGUGAGGACACAGGUCACACCUUGGAAGGAUCCUGGGAGCCCAAUCUGUUCAGGCCUAUUGGUUCCGAGCCCUCUAGCACUGCAGAACACUUGGCCCUUGACUCUCUGCAUCAAUUGGAGGGAAAAAGAAAGGGUCCAGACACAUUUGGAUUCGGCAGUGGCUGCCCACAGGUGUACCCGAUGGCCUCCCCCAUUGUCCCGUCUGUUCCUGAAGACCCCACCCGUACACCAGGAGCCCAAUCCAAACCAGAGGCCUCCAGACAAGAACACAAAGAUGAGGGCCACAAGGAAAAGCCAGAAUCACUUCAUCCUGUGAUCAAGAGUGAGAGUGAUGGAUGGACACAGUCUCAAUUAGAUACUCGUUCUGAAGAUGACCCUGCGGUAGAACAGCAUUCGAAGGAUGUGAAAGAGGAGGAGGAAGCCAUGAGUGAUACAGAGGAAGAUAGUAUGUUGGAGAUGAAAGCGGGAUUAGAAGGGGAUGGAGCUGAGGAUUGUGGUGGAGAGGAGGAUGGAGAGGGUGUUUAUCUCUCCGAGGCAGAGGGGGAGACAGAGUUGGACCCACCAGCAAGCGAGAGCGAGGAUGGAUACAGCAUGCACACGGCAUCUUCUUCCCUACAGCUCCACACCACUGCAGACUCUAUACCCAGCAGUCCUGCCUCCUCACAGUUCUCCAUCUGCAGUGAAGAUCAAGAGGCUAUUCUGGCUCAGAAGAUCUGGAAGAAAGCCAUUAUGCUGGUGUGGCGAGCGGCAGCAAAUCACAGGUAUGCAAAUGUCUUCCUGCAACCGGUGACGGAUGACAUCGCCCCCGGUUACCACAGUAUUGUGCACAGGCCGAUGGAUCUGUCCACCAUCAAGAAGAACAUCGAGAAUGGGCUGAUACGCACCACAGCCGAGUUCCAGCGUGACAUCAUGCUGAUGUUCCAGAAUGCAGUGAUGUACAAUAGCUCAGACCACGACGUGUUCCACAUGGCUCUGGAGAUGCAGAGGGAUGUCCUGGAGCAGAUUCAGCAGUUUCUGGCCACACAGCUGAUCAUGCAGACCUCAGAGUCAGGCAUCAGUGCCAAGAACCUGCGCGGGAGAGAGGCCAACCGCAAACAGGACUUCAACGACAAGGACUGUGUUCCCAUGGCCUCUCCUGCAUUCCUUCUCUCUCUUUUUGAUGGAGGCACCAGAGGGCGACGAUGUGCUAUAGAAGCCGACCUGAAAAUGAAGAAAUGAGUGGUCUUCCUUUGAAACGCUUACAAAGACUGAGGGUGAUGAUGAAGACAGAAGAAUUAAACUAUAUAUGUCUGAACCACAUUGCUUACUUCCCCGUACUGUCCCUACACUACAAUAGCAGCCACAUUUGACUGGAAUGUUAAAUGAUUAUGUGAACAGUGAAGAGACGCUUGGUGUUCGAGUGUGCGAUUAUAGCCUAGGGCCUACUGUAUAUAUCUAUGUAAUGUUGUGAGAUGUGUUGUAUUGUGUUUUGUGUACGAAUAGUGCCUUUAUGGGUGUUGACGAGUGACUAGAGAAUAAACCUGUGAUGAAUGGAUGGAGAAUUGAAAUUUAAAACCCCUUAUAAAAAAUAAAAACCAGCUGCAAAUUUGCCGCUCUUUAUUUUCACAUGCAAAUGAACUUGCGAUUCGCCACAAAUGUUUGCUAGAAGUUUGCAGCUCUUCGCCGGUAGUGGUGAACCUCCAGCAAACUUUUGGCGACAAAUGACAAUUUGCCGCAAAGCUCAUUUGCAUGUGAAAAUUAUCUGUGGUGAAUUUGCAGGAAAUUUGCUCUCAAUUUUUGUAAGGCCCCUUUCUUAUUAGAUUACAUUGACCGUCGUGAGCUACACUUUACUGAUAGUCAUGAUACGGUCACAAACAAUCAACAAGUGUACUGAAUUUAGGAUUCCGGCCCCUUUUGACCAAUGAAUUCCCAUGAAUAAUUGUUUGAUAUUUCCGAAAUCCUGCUUUAAAAAAUCAUGUUGAUUCAGACUGAUUUGCAAAUUAAAACAUUCAGACAAAUUUGUGAACCAUUUUUAUGAAUUGAAAAGAACCUACUCAAAACAGUGAUAAUUUCUACAGUACUGUGCAAAAGUCUUAGGCACAUUAUAUAUUUUUCACAAAAGCAUUUGUCUUAAGAUGGUUAUUUUAUACACUGUAAAAAAAAACCCGUAAAAAAACGGUAAUUUUAUGGCAGCAGGGGCGCCAGAAAAUGUCUGUUUAAAAACAGAAAAAUACUGUCAUGAAAAAAACAGAGAUACACUGUAAAAAAACAGUAAUUUCUUAUCCUAUAAUUACGGUUUAUUACUGUUAAUCUACACAAAAAUCUCCUUAUAAUACUAUGAAAUCUUUUAAUUUUAACAUACAUUAAUUGUUAAAAUACAGUCAUACACCUCUAA